AUGAAAUCAGCGUUUCGAAACGUUUAUUGUACGCUCUUCCGCUCCCUAAACCCUAACCCUAACCUUCCCUCUAAUUUCCUCCCUCGUCGUCUUACACUCCUCAUCCCUCCCUCACCUCCGUCCAUCAGAGCCCAAACGUUUCGCUCGCUCUCCCCCACUCACUCCUCUGCAUCCAUGCCGGGCGGUGAAGCUCACGCGGCUCCCCUGCUGGAGAAGCAGUUCGAGGACUUCCGAGCGCAGCUCGAAGAGUCUGGAACCUUGCGCGAGCGCAUUCGAACUGUGGUUAUGGAGAUCGAGUCCACCACAAGGCUCAUUCACUCAAGCCUUCUCUUAGUCCACCAGUCUCGUUCAACUCCUGAGGUUUUGGAGAAGCCCUUGGCUCAGAUUGGUGUGCUGAAGGAGCUCUACAAUCGACUCGCUAAGAUUGUGCUCGAGUCUCCUGGGCAAUACUAUAGAUAUCAUGGUGAUUGGAAGACGGAGACACAGACUGUGGUUUCUCUGCUCGCUUUUAUGCAUUGGUUAGAGACAGGGGCUCUUUUGCUGCACACUGAAGCUAAGGAAAAACUUGGGUUGAACGAUUCAGAGUUUGGUCUGGAUGUUGAAGACUAUCUUGUUGGUAUUUGUUUCAUGUCCAAGGAAUUGCCGAGGUAUGUGGUUAACCAAGUGACAGCUGGGGACUAUGACUGCCCAAGAAAGGUGCUGAAAUUUUUGACAGAUCUUCAUGCAGGCUUCCGCAUGCUUAAUCUUCGGAAUGACUUUUUGCGCAAGACAUUUGAUGGUAUGAAGUAUGACCUAAGAAGAGUUGAAGAAGUUUACUACGAUGUUAAGAUCCGAGGCUUGACAGCCAAUGGCGAUCCUGUGGCAGACCAAGCAGCACAAUCAUAG